CUCGGAUCAGGUUUUGGACCUGGCCGGUAGUACUACUGUAAGCAAUGGCCGUCGAGCGGCGAGCUCAUUCCGCUUUCGUCUCUUACACGCACAGGCGUUGCCAAGACACUUCUGACCCCGAAUAAAAAGGAGGAACCAUGCGCGCGACUCGAGUCAUGCUUUUGAUCCUGCUAGUGCUGCUUGCGAGCUCCAUCCCAAUUGCAACUACUGCGACGUUCGGCGAGAUUAAUGCUGUGGCAACUUCCUCUGACCACGAGCGCGUCAUCGAAUACCACCGCUACCUCAGAAUCAGUAAAGUAACCAAGUUGAAAAUGAAUGGCGAGGAAAGAGUUGGUGCCGCAACUCCCCAGUUUAGCCAGUUGUGGAGAGGAUUUUUGUAUCAGCUGCCAGCAGCCUUCAAAAACAAUCCUGUGACCAAGUUGCUGAAAUGGUUUGUACGCUUGAUAGGCAAAGGAAUAGUGAAGUUGCGCCGGAUGGUAAUGAUUAAGGCUCACAGCAGCAACCCUGGCACAGCGUAAAUAUUAGGAUGGAGCUAACCAAAAACAAAAUCAGUUCUCGAG